CUAAUUAGGACCCUUGAUAAAUGUUUGAGCUUGACACGAUACCCGAGGCACUGACAUAUAUAUAUAUAACACUAUAAAUAUGUAUAUAUGUAGGAAGGUAGUUUAGAGAGAGUGAUUUAACAAAAAAGUUGUGAUUUUGAGUUGUGGGUUUUGAUUAAGAUGACUGUGGGAGCAGGAAUAACGGCAACGGAGGGGAAUUUAAGGGUGUUGGGGAAGACUGUUCUGGUUGAUGUUCCUGACAACAUUGUUCUCACACACACCGCCGGUGAUCAUCAUGGGGCUUUUCUUGGUGUUGUCUCUGAUCAGAUUGGCAGUCGUCGUGUCUUCUCUCUCGGCAAACUUCAGGGGUUGCGUUUCAUGUGUGUUUUCAGGUUCAAAAUGUGGUGGAUGACACAGAGAAUGGGCUCUUAUGGAAAAGAGAUUCCAUUUGAGACUCAAUUUUUGAUUGUGGAAGCUAAUGAAGCUAAUGACAAUGAUGAUCAAUCUUCAAUCUACACUGUUUUCUUACCCAUUCUUGAAGGUGACUUUAGAGCUGUUCUUCAAGGGAAUCAAAAUGAUGAGCUUGAAAUCUGCUUAGAAAGUGGUGAUCCUGAUGUUGAAGAUUUUGAGGGAAGUCAUUUGGUGUUUGUUGGAGCUGGAUCUGACCCCUUUGAUGUUAUCACUAAUGCUGUCAAGACUGUUGAAAAGCAUUUACAGACAUUUUGUCACCGUGAGAAGAAGAAGAUGCCAGACAUGUUGAACUGGUUUGGAUGGUGUACAUGGGAUGCUUUCUAUACUGAUGUCACUUCAGAGGGUCUUAAGCAAGGAUUGGAGAGCUUAGAGAAGGGUGGAAGUCCCGCGAAAUUCGUGAUAAUCGACGAUGGUUGGCAAUCUGUUGAAAUGGAUCCUACUGGUACUGAACACAAGGCAGAUAAUUCCGCAAACUUUGCAAAUAGGUUGACAAACAUCAAAGAAAAUCACAAAUUUCAGAAAGAUGGCAAAGAUGGUCUUAGCCAUAUUGUUUCUGAUAUUAGAGAGCAACAUUCAUUAAAGUAUGUUUAUGUAUGGCAUGCUAUAACAGGUUACUGGGGUGGUGUUAGACCGGGAAUAACCGAAAUGGAACACUACGAAUCCAAGAUGACUUAUCCUGUUUCAUCACCUGGUGUUCAAUCCAAUGAGCCUUGUGAAUGUUUGGAAAACAUUACCAAGAAUGGUCUUGGCCUGGUCAACCCUGAGAAAGUCUUUAGCUUUUACAAUGAGCUUCAUUCGUACCUUGCAUCGGCCGGUAUCAAUGGUGUCAAAGUCGAUGUUCAGAGUGUUUUAGAGACUCUUGGAGCGGGACACGGUGGAAGGGUGAAACUAACUAGACAAUAUCAUCAAGCAUUGGAGGCAUCUAUUGCUAGAAACUUUCCUGAUAAUGGAAUUAUUUCUUGUAUGAGUCAUAACACAGAUGGUUUAUACAGCUCUAAGCGAGCUGCGGUUAUAAGGGCUUCGGACGAUUUUUGGCCAAGAGAUCCAGCCUCACACACAAUUCACAUUGCAUCAGUUGCUUACAACACCGUUUUCCUCGGUGAAUUCAUGCAGCCUGAUUGGGAUAUGUUUCAUAGCUUGCAUCCAAUGGCGGAAUACCACGCUGCAGCUCGAGCAGUAGGAGGAUGCCCUAUCUAUGUUAGUGAUAAGCCUGGUCAACAUGAUUUCAAUCUCUUAAAGAAGAUUGUUCUUCCCGAUGGCUCGAUCUUGAGGGCUAAACUCCCCGGAAGACCAACAAGAGAUUGUUUGUUUUCGGAUCCUGCUAGAGAUGGAAAAAGCCUUUUGAAGAUUUGGAACAUGAACGCGAUUUCGGGUGUUGUUGGAGCCUUCAAUUGCCAAGGAGCAGGGUGGUGCAAGGUUGGGAAGAAGAAUCUUAUCCAUGAUGAAAAUCCAGGCAUAGUGACUGGGGUUAUUAGAGCCAAAGAUGUUAAUUAUCUGCAUAAGGUGGCUCAUGAGAAUUGGAGUGGUGAUGUUGUCAUAUUCUCCCAUCUUGGUGGAGAAGUAGUGUAUCUCCCCAAAGAUGCAUCUUUGCCGGUGACACUAAAAUCGCGAGAAUAUGAAGUGUUUACGGUGAUUCCAGUGAAGGAGUUGUCCAAUGGAGCGAGAUUUGCUCCAAUUGGGUUAACAAAGAUGUUUAACUCAGGAGGAGCCAUUAAAGGAGUGAAUUAUUAUGAUGAUGAGUACUCCAAAAGAGUUGAGAUGAGAGUUUGUGGUUGCGGUUUGUUUGGUGCCUAUUCAUCUACAAAACCGAAAAGAGUUGUAGUUGAUUCAGAGGAAAUGGAAUUCGAAUACGAUGAAACAUCUCGUUUGGUGAAUGUCGUUUUGAGAGUUUUGGAACAAGAAUUGCACAUUUGGAACAUAACCAUUGAGCUCUAAAAUAGAGCGUGUUUCACUUGUGGUGAAUGUUUUCGCUAAAAUAUUACAUACAGUGACGUGACACGCAAUAUUUUUAUUGAAUUUUACUUUAACAUGUCAUUGUUAUAGUUAUUUAGUCUAUUAGUACAAUAAAGAAAAUAUGUAACAUACAUAUUUACACUGCA